AGAAGACAAAUAAAAAAAGAAAUGGCAAACCGUAGACAUUACUGGACUUUACUACUCCCCUACAACCUUCUUCCCACAACUUGAAAAUGCCAAGAAUAUGCCCCUGUUUCUUUGGAAACCCAGUCUCUGACUCAGUAGAUGAACUCAGUAACUCAUCUGACAGAGACCCGGUUCUUCUUGUUUCGGGUAUGGGAGGAUCCAUAUUAAAUUCAAGACCAAAGAAAAAAAGUAUCUUUAGUUUUGAAACUCGGGUUUGGGUCAGGAUUUUCUUGGCUGAUUUUGAGUUCAAGAACAAGGUUUGGUCAGUUUACAAUCCCACCACUGGGUAUACAGAGGAAUUGGAUGAAGAUUCAGAAAUUGUAGUGCCUGAUGAUGAUCAUGGAUUGUAUGCUAUUGACAUUUUAGACCCUUCAGUGUUUGUGAAAUUGAUGCACCUGAAAGAGGUAUACCAUUUCCAUGAUAUGAUCAACAUGCUCGUCGACUACGGAUAUAAGAAGGGUACUACAUUAUUUGGUUACGGUUAUGAUUUCCGGCAAAGCAAUAGGAUCGACAAAUUGAUAAAUGGUCUUAAAGCAAAGCUAGAGACUGCAUAUAAAGCUUCCGGGGGAAGGCAAGUCAACUUGAUUUCUCAUUCGAUGGGUGGAAUACUGAUCAAAUGUUUCAUGGCUCUAUAUCCUGAUCUAUUUGCCAAGUAUGUGAACAAAUGGAUCUGUAUAGCAUGCCCAUUUCAAGGUGCACCGGGAUGUGUCAAUGAUGCUCUCUUGACUGGACUGCAAUUUAUUGAUGGUUUCGAGAGCUAUUUUUUUGUGGGAAGAUGGACCAUGCACCAACUGGUGGUAGAGUGUCCAUCAGUCUAUGAGAUGUUGCCAAAUCCAACGUUCGAGUGGAAAACUAUCCCUAAAAUAUAUGUUUGGCGCAAGUCUUCUCCCCAUGAUGAGUAUGAUUCCUCUCCCGUGGAACUCGAAACGUAUGGCCCACUUGAAAGUAUCGAUGUCUUUGAGGAGGCUUUAAGAGACAAUGAGCUUAACUACAAUGGGAAAAAGGUUUCGCUUCCCUUCAACUCCGCUGUUCUCAAAUGGGCGUCUGGCACUCGUCAACUACUCGAUCAAGCUAAACUGCCGGAAGGAGUUCGUUUCUACAACAUUUAUGGUACUUCACUGGACACCCCUUUUGAUGUUUGCUAUGGUUCUGAAACGGAUCCUAUUGCGGACUUGUCAGAAAUAUGUCAUACAUUGCCCGAAUAUUCUUUUGUGGAUGGUGAUGAAACUGUUCCAGCUGAAUCCGCUCGGGCUGAUGGAUUUGAUGCAGUCGAAAGAGUUGGAGUUGCUGACAACCAUCGAGCUCUUUUGUGCAACGAGACUGUGUUUGAGCUUAUUCGGAAAUGGUUGAAUGUAAAAAGCCUCAACCAUACAAAAUGUUCGAGAACAUCCAAAGUCACGGAUGUUGUUGUAGCAUAAUUCAUAAUCAUACUAACACAUUCGAGCUUCGAUUGCAGUAUAUCGCUUCAAUAUGCUCAUACAUACUCGUAUAUUGCAAUAGAACGAUCCGUCAAGUAUUUUUAAGUUACUAACAUCAAGGGUAUGAACUAUUUGUUUAAUUAAAUAAAAUUGUCCUUACAAAAUUUAUGAAUUUUUUAUGAAUGUACCUCUAACGUUUUACUGUAAUUUGAAAUUAAGUUGCAUACGCGUGCAACAGUAUUUCAUUACUCAAAUGCCGUUAAUUUAUUAAAUUUGAACGGUUGGAUGAAUAUUUCCAAUUUGCAUUUAGAA